AUUUUCUCCAUGGCGUCUCAACAGCAAUCGAGAAUCCAGUCAUACCUUGAGAAGAAUAAAAUCGGACCAUUGUUUGAGGAAAUGAUGACCAAGCUGAUAACAGAGACCCCAGAUCAUCCCAUUCCAUUUCUGAUCAGUCACCUGCAGACCAAACAGGAUAGUUCAGGCAAGUUACAGAGAACUCUCUCAGGUUCUGCAGCACUGUGGGCUGAUACCAGCAUUUCCGAAAGUAGAAGCAAUCGUCGGGAUUUCAGGAGCUACGAGAAACCAUGGCAAAUUCAUCCCAAAAAGCCCAAGAAAUCCAAGAGCGAUCUUGCUGUGUCAAACAUAUCCCCACCGUCACCCGAGUCAAAAUCACUGCCACGUUCUAUAGAGCACCCCCACUGGGACUGGAGGUCCAGACCAGAGAGCCGAGACUUUGAUGAACUCAACCACAUCCUUCAGGAGAGCAAGAAGCUGGGCAAGGCCUUGGAAAACUUGUCUCGCAGCAUCGCUAUUUCUGAUGACCUUGACCAGGAUCCCAGGGUGUAUACCUCGUCAGUGCUGAGACCACGGGUGGUGGGGGAAUGGGUGGGGCGUGAUGAGGACGACUCAGACCCUCUCGCCGCUGAGAUGCUUCAGCCCCCUGUUCCCAGAGCGAAGACUGAGUUAUGGGGUCGUCAGGAUAACAGCCCAGCUGGAAGCCUGAAGAUGGAGGCAAAGAGCAAAGGGCAAAAGCAGCAGCAACAGCAUCAUAAGAAGCUGCUAGCGGCCAUGUUGUCUCAAGACUCCUUUGACUCCAUGCCAAGCUCCGCCCCCUCUGUCACAGAAGACGAAAUGGAGGAUGAGGAUGAUGCCAUGGAACUGCUGGAGGACCUGGAUGAUCUGCGGAUGGAAGGGGUCACCGGCCUGGCGUCGUCCGGCAGCAAGUUCAGUCAAGGCCGCAGCUCCUACUGCCCAGAGCCCCAGGCCAAAGUCACCCUCAACAUCUGCUCAAGGUGUGCAAGGCUUCAAGGGGACAGCCUAACAGAUGCAGGUACUGAGGAAGAACAAACCUCAAAUGUCCCCGAGCAACCUGUGCCUGAAAUACCUGGUCCAUUGCCCGGGGUGGAGAUUCUGACAGGAGGGGAGCUGGAAUGCGAGAGUGCCUCUCUGAUGACCGGGCCGCGUCACCCUGUCUGGGCUUCGGAUCUGAAGCCUGUGAGAGGAGGGAGCCCCCAGACCCGGAGACGUGGCUUACAGUUAGAGGAUCUACUCUUCUCUAAAGAGCUGGAAAACAUGGGCAAACAUCUAGCUGAGGUGGAAAAAGACCUGGCCAAGUUGGCGGAACAAGGGAAGAUGAUCAGGAGUCCUAACAGCCUCCAUAGCAGCUUGCUCCAGACACCCUCCCUGCACACCACACUGCCUGUCCCCGGACAAACUUCCAGACCCCAGUCCCCCAGCAGCCUGGCCUCCAAGACCAGCGCCCUGCCCACCCUCAGUACCAAGCCCACCUCCCUGGUCAUGGGACGGACUCAGUCUCCCAGCAACCCCAGCAGUCGUGCCCAGACUCCCAGCGGUGCUCGGACUCCCAAUAGCCUCUUACCGCGUUCGCUCACCCCUGGUAGUUACGGGAGCACAGAGAGGGUGUUUGGGCGGUCCAGGAGCAGACCAGUGACGCCGACGGGACAGAUGGCCAGACCCCUCCUGACUCCACCCGGUCUCAGUACCACAGACAGCUUUGGCAAGGCCUACAGCCUCCGCGCCACUCUGUCAGAAGAUGAGUUUUACCAACAGCUGCAGGCUGUCAGACAGCCAUGGCUCAUCCCCAGUGACACAGAGAGUGACUGUCUGGAGCCACCAGAACAAGACAAAUGUAAUCCGAGUGGAGUUCGGGAUGCCAAUAAAAGAUCAGUGUUCUCAGUCUAUCAAAGGGAGCUCAAAGUGUGCCCCCGCUCAAGCGUUCCUCAACCUGGCAUAAGACACCUGCAUGUACUCAAGACUGAGAGGAUUAAAACAGACUUCCGGAUACUGAGUAUUAGUCGUCGAGGAGGAGAACCCGAGGCCUCUUGA